CAAAAAAUUAAAAAAAAUAUAUUUAAACAGAUAGAUUAGCAACUCUUACUUUUUAGAUGGGUCUUAAGAAAAUAAAUUUCUAUUAAAAACUACUUUUUGGCUGUUUUAAAUACAGCUUAUUUCUUCUUUAAGUACAUGCAUAACUAUAAUAAUAGAGUAUACCUUUUGCCUAUUCUUAGUCAUAUUCAUUUAGAUUUGAUAUAACUAAUAAUGAUGGUGCUUUUACUAAAAUAAAAACUGCAAAAAAUUCUAAUUUAGUUUUUGCAUCUGCGGGAUUAGAAGGUAUUCUUAUUAUUGAUACCAAAACUAAUUAAGAUAUCGCUAGAAUUAAUUUAUAUUCAUACAUAAAUACUUUAGAAGUAACUUCAGAUGGAUAAUUUCUAUUUCUUAGUUUAAACAAUACGCUAAGUGUUGCUUCUUUUGAAAGUAGAAGUUCUUUAAAAAUUUUGAGUCAAUCAAAUUUCCCAACUAAUAUUACAAAUAUGGUUUUAGGUAAUAGCGAGUCCAUAUUAUAUGCUGUAGGAGUUGAUGGUUAUGUUAUUGCUUACGAUGUUAAAAAUAAGUAUAAAAUAAAUUAGCUUUUAGUUUUUGAAACAAAUUCUAUUACUGUUCAUACUGUUUAAGUGUCACCAGAUAAUAAAUGGUUAAUACUGGCUAAUGAUUAAGUGGGACUUUAAAUAUUGAGAAUAAUAAUUACAAAUAACACUAACACAAAUGAAAACAACAUUCUUAAUUUUACUCUCGCAGCGUAAGGUACUUCUUAUUGGAAGAUAGUUGAUGCUGCGAUUACAGAUCAGAUGGAUUAUAUCUAUUCUUUAGAUAAUUGGUUUGGAAUUUUUAUAUGUAGAUUUGAUAUUAUAUCUAAUGCUAAUUAAUCUUAGUAUCCCAUUUAAAUUAACAACAUAAAUUUUUGGCCUUUUUAAACUAUAAAUCCUUCAACUUAUUGCCUAUCUCUGAUUUAAAAUAGUAAUUACUUAGUUAUAGGUCUAAGAUCAUAAGGAAUUUUUAUAUUUAACAUCUAAGAUAGAGAAAACCCAAAUAUAUAUCAAAUAAUACCAAUAUAGUAUAAUUCAUUUUCAAUAGCUUUAUCACCUUUAGAAGAUUAUAUUUAUUAUUCUAUAGCUGAAAGUAUAUUAAUUUUCUAAAAGGUAUCUCUGAAUUUAAAUGAUAAUUAUCCUAAUUUUUUUAAUGUUUAACAAUCUCUCUUGAAGUAAACAUCAGAAGCAUACUAUAAAUGGAGAUGCUAUGUCAAAAAAGUUAAUCAAUAAUAAUAUUUUUUUGGAGCAUUUGAUGUGGGAGGUUAUAUCAUUCUUAAUAUCACUGAUCCAUAUAAUUACAAAUAAAUACUUUCUUACACAUAUCCAACUUCAAUAGUUGACUCAAUUGCAAUAUCUCAAAGUAAUUAAUACAUGUUAAUUCCUGUCUAAGAAAAUAAAACUUCUAUUAUAGUUUAUGACAUUUCAACAAUUUAGAAUCCAGUCGAGGUCUUUCGUAUGAAAAUGUAAUACACAAACCACAAUGAAGCUUUGUUCUUUUCAAAAAAUUAACAGUUAGUUGCUUUAUCAUUUGAUGAUGGGGCUCUCCUUAUAGAUUCAUCAUAGCUACCUUAAUUAUAUCUUCUCGAUUAUUGGAAAAAGUUUGGUUACAUGAUAGGGGAAUGCUCAUCAGCAAUAAUAACCAAUGAUAAUAAAUAUUUAAUAAGAGCUGUUAGAGAAUAUGGGUAUUUUUCACUAAGUAUUGACUUAAAUAGCAAAUCAAAUAUUUUAAAAUGGUAAUACACGCUAAAGACUUUAGGGGGAGAAGGUUUGAUACCUUCUGCGUACGAUGAUAGAUAUUUAUAUAUUUAUGAUGGUUCUAAUGGUGUUGGAGUUAUUGAUGCAACAUAACUUCCAAUUUUAGUUGUCAUAAGUAGAGUACCUUUAAAUGGUUGGUCUAACUUAAUAGUUCCAACCUAAUAAGAUAACUUAUUGUUUGUAGCCUAAAACGAAUCAGGAGCGGUGUCACUCAUUGAUGCGAGCGAUAAAACUAAUUUACUUUUAAUUUCUUAAUUUUAAUACUAAAAUCGUUAGUAAGCUUAAUCUUUAUGUCUGACAUUAGAUUAAUAGUAAAUUUUUGUCAAUAAUAAUUAAGGUACGCUAAUAAUGCCUCUAUAGAGCUAAAUUAGAUUGCAUACAGAUUUCUAGCUAGUAUCUCUAAAUAGUAGCGGAUAUACCAAUUAUACACGAUUAUAAAAUAACAAUUUUAAAGUUGGUUAAUAAAUAAAAAUGUCAUUUUUAAUGCUUUAUCCCAUUGAAGGAGCUCAAAUAGUAGGAGCUUAAUACUACUUAAAUUAUAGAGUUUAAGAUCUUCCAUCUUGGAUUCAAUUUGAUACAGUAAAUUAAAAUAUUUUUAUGGCAAUUGACAAGCAAGCACUCGGUACUUCAUUUAAUAAGACUAAUUUAAAUAUGAUUCUUCUCAAAACUUCUCUACCUAUUGAUUAAGACUAUUUUAUCUUUGAUCUUGAUGAUGGCUCCUCUACAUCUGAGCUUGACUCAAGUGAAAUCUUCAACAUCUUAAGGGAGCAAGAAAUUAUUACAAAUAAUGGAUAUCUAUCCAGUAACUUUGAUCACACUUUAGAUAUGCAUAUAAAAGUAAAUGAAACCAUAUUAUCUGAUUCUCUUUAAAGUGCCAUAAGAUAAAAACUUCAAAAUAGUAUUUUUAUAAACUAAAUUUUAUUUUAUGUAACCUCAUCUCUUUAAUUAAACCUAAAUAAUUCAAUUAAUCCUGUUACAAGCCUUUCUUAAAGCGUUGAGAUAGAGUUCUUAGUAAAUUUUGAUUAAGGUAAAUUUAUUUUAAGCGAUUAUAUAGGCCUUAUAAUUUCAACUUCUACAUAAUAGAAUUAAAUCAUCUUGAAAGGUAGCUUAUAGAGUUUAAAUAGUGCUCUUUAAUAAAAAAUCGUAUUUUUUCCUUUAAUAGAUCUAUAAUAAAUUUAUGUUACCAUUACACUUUCAGAUGAUAUAAAUUACUCUCACUCAUAUAUUUAUAAAGCAUCUGAAUGUCCAAUAAUUAGGUAAAAAGUAAGGCUUUAAAGUAACUCAAACUUAAAAUUGCAAAAAUAAUUUAAUCAAAAAUAUUUUAAUGGCAUAAUAAGCAUUUAACAAUUUUUUUCAAUUGAUUUUAUUAUUGAUUCAUUUAUUGAUGAAGAAAAUUCAUAAAUCUAACUUAAGGCUUAUUUUGUAAAUGGUAAUUUAAUAUAAGAGAUUUAGUCUGAUGAUUGGCUAUAGUUUAGAACAAGCUAAGGCUUCUUUUCUUUUGAAGGCACUCCAAGUUCGUCUUAGCUAUUUUAAGUAGUUAUAAUUGGAGUUAUUGCUGAUGAUGGAUAUUCUUAAGCUCAAGAUGAAUUUACAAUUACAAUAAAAGAUAUCCCUUUCACAUAUAUUUUAAAUAUUAUUCUCCAAAUACUAGGUCCAUUACUUGCUCUUCUAAAAGUUUAUUAUUCGAGAUAUAUAUUCCUUAAUUGUAUAUAUAAAAGAAAAGUAACUUUUUCUCAUGAAAAAGCAAUAACAGGAAAACUUUACUUCAAAAAAUUUAUACUAAUGGGUAAUGACAUGUAAAAAUGUAUCAAUCUUUUUUAAGGUUUUUUAUAAGAAGAAACUAAAAAAUAAAAUGAAAAACCUUAAAAUAACCAGAAUCUAAUAAAAAAAGAAUAUUUUUCUCCAUCUAAGAUUCUUUCACCCUAAAUUAAUAUGAGCUCAUAAUUACAAAACAACAGUACACACUAUUCCCAAAAACUAGAAAAAAAUGAAGUAAAAUUGUCCCAUAAUUCAUAUCUACUGGGGAGAUAUUCUAAAAUUAUAUCUAAAUAACUUAAUAAAGCUGAUAAUUCUAUUAAUGAUUCAUCAUUUUCAGAGGAUUAAUUUAUGUAAAAUAAAGCAAACAAUAUUUAAAUGGAAAAUAUUUUAAGCUAAAUCAAUAAAUCUAAAAUAUCUUUUAGAUUAGGAGGGAAAAAAUAUUCACCUGAAUCAUUUUAAUUAGAUUUCAUGAAUCCUGAUUCAAGGAUAUACAGGGGCUUAGAAUCAUUAGCAGGUAGAUAUUACUUGAGAAAAGAUGAAAAGUCUUAUAAUAUAUAUAAAUACUUAAAGCUUUAUUCCAUAGAAUAUUCAAGAUACAAUAAGAACGAUUGGUAUAAGUAUUAUGUUAAUCUUCACCAUAAUUAAAAAAAAGAUAUUUAUGGAAUGCAAGUACUUUUUCCAAUUUUAACCCUUUAAGAGCAAGCAAUAAACUUAGCUUUACAAAAAUUAAGCUCAAAAACAACUAUUUCAAUAUCAUCAGCAUCUAAUUUUGGAAUUAAUUUUAAUUUAAUUAAAAAUGUUCUUUUUUCAGAUGCACUUGGUCUAGUUAAUUAUAUGCCUAAUUAUUUGCAACCAUGUAAAGGAAUAUCUAUUCAUCUCCACUCAUAUGAAGUUAAAGGUGUGUAAGCAUAUAAAUUGGUUAAUGAUAGCAGGUUUUCCUACCUCAGAAAGUUACUAAACAUUGAAUACAACGAAUAUGGUACCUCAAAAAACAGAAGUCUACCUAACUGGUUAGAACUAGAACAUAAUAAUGGAGUAAUCUAAUUAAAAGGUAUACCUAUGUCAUAAGAUGCUGAGAAUAUAUUUUUGAGAAUAAUUAAUUCAAAAGAUUAUGUCAUUUAGUAAUUUUCUCUGAGCAUUACUUAGUAAGCAAUAAAUUAAAGAAACUUACCAAAUAUACUUGAUGAAACUUUUAAUAUGAAUAAUCUAAGUAAAUUUGAUGAGUCAUGUUAUUAUAGGCACGAUAUCAAUAAAUUAAACUCAUUUUACUCUAAAAAUCGUGAAAAAUCUGCUUUUCAUAAAUAAUAACAAUAAUAACAAUCUCUAGCAAAUUCUAUUUUAAUUUCCGAAUCACCUCUUUAUUAAUUUCCAUACCAAUCUAGCAUUCCUAAUGAUAUUAAAGAUGAAUCUUUUGGAAUAAUAAAUAAUGAUCAAAUAUUAGAUUAAGAAUCUUGCAUCUUUAAAAAAUGUAAUGUUACAUUUGAUUAAAUCGUCUAAGAUAAUGAACAGCAAACUUAGAAUAUUUUUUAACACCUUAAAAAUAAAUAAAAUGAAAAAAAUUAAUCAAAAUAAUUAAUUUAAGGCAAAUAAAUUAUUCUCUCAAAUUUCUCUAAAGAAAAAAAUUUUCAAAAUAAAAAUAGCGAAUAGAACAACGAAAAUGAAAAUUUUGUUUAGUCUUUAAGUAAUACUGAUUUAAAUUCGUAAAAUGAAGAUGUUUUUGUUCCUGGGAUCCGUUUAUUCUAACAUUAGUAAGAAAAUAAUAGAGAUAAGCAUUUUGAAAAAAUAGAUUAAAAAAUGAAAAUUUUGUAAUGA